GCACCGGCACCAGCUUCCGUCACCGGCACCGUCCUCGUCACCGGCCCCAGCCCCAUCACCGGCCCCGGCCCCAUCACCGGCCCCAUCGCCAUCGCCAUCGCUGUCCCCAUUACCAACCCCAUCACCAGCCCCAUCACCAUCUUCAUCCUCAUCACCAGCACCAUCACCAUCCUCAUCACUGUCCCCAUCUUCAUCCCCAUCACUGUCACCAUCCUCAUCCCCAUCACCGUCCCCAUCACCAUCCUCAUCACCGUCACCAUCUUCAUCCCCAUCACCAUCACCGUCCCCAUCACCAUCACCAUCUUCAUCCCCCCCACCCCCAUCACCGUCCCCAUCACCAUCACCAUCUUCAUCCCCAUCACCGUCCUCAUCACCAUCACCGUCCCCAUCACCAUCACCAUCUUCAUCCCCAUCACCGUCCUCAUCACCAUCACCGUCCCCAUCACCAUCACCAUCUUCAUCCCCAUCACCGUCCUCAUCACCAUCACCGUCCCCAUCACCAUCACCAUCUUCAUCCCCAUCACCGUCCUCAUCACCAUCCUCAUCACCAUCCCCAUCACCGUCCUCAACACCCCAUCCCCCAAAUCGUUCUUCCGUUCCUCCUUCGUCCCCGCAGGGACGCCGCAGAAAUACGACCCGACUUUCAAAGGUCCCAUCUACGACAGGGGCUGCACGGACGUUAUCUGCUGCGUCCUGCUGGUCAUCGCCAUCGUGGGCUACGUGGUGGUGGGCAUCGUGGCCUGGACCCACGGGGACCCCCGGAAGGUGAUCUACCCGACCGACAGUCGCGGGCAGUUCUGCGGGCAGCAGGGAACCCCCAACGAGAAGAAACCUUUCCUCUUUUACUUCGACAUCGUGAAGUGUGCCAGCCCGCUGGUGCUGCUGGAGUUUCAGUGCCCGACCACGCAGAUCUGCGUCAGCAAAUGCCCGGACCGGUACCUGACGUACCUGAACGCCUACAGCUCCCGCACGCCCGGCGAGCUGGAGUACUACCGGCACUUCUGCAUCCCCGAGUUCAAAAACCUGCAGAAGGCUCCCAUCAAGGUGCUGAAGGACAAGGAGUGCCCGGCCAUGAUUAUCCCCAGCACCCCACUGGCGCGGCGAUGCUUCCCGGCCAUCCGGGCCAAGAAGGGUGUCAUCAUGGUCGGCAACGAAACCACCUACGACGACGGCCACGGGCGCCGGAGGAACGUCACCGAGCUGCUGGAAGGGGCCAAAAAAGCAAACGUGGUCCUGGAAACCAGACAACUGGCCAUGAAGAUCUUUGAAGAUUACACGGUUUCCUGGUACUGGAUAAUAAUAGGCCUCGUGAUCGCGAUGGUGGCUAGCUUCAUCUUCAUCGUCCUGCUCCGCUUCCUGGCCGGGAUCAUGGUCUGGGUGAUGAUCGUGAUGGUGAUCCUGGUGCUGGGCUACGGAAUCUUCCACUGUUACAUGGAAUAUGCAAAACUGAAAGGGGAAGCGGGUUCUGACGUCUCCCUGAAGGACCUGGGAUUUCAGACAGACCUACGCGUCUACCUCCACCUGCGGCAGACGUGGCUGGCAUUCAUGAUCAUCCUGUGCAUCGUGGAGGUGGUGAUCAUACUGCUGCUCAUCUUCCUCCGCAAGAGGAUCCUCAUUGCCAUCGCGCUCAUCAAGGAGGCCAGCAGGGCUGUUGGUCACAUCAUGAUGUCGCUGCUGUUCCCAUUGUGCACCUUCUUCCUGCUGUGUCUCUGCAUCACCUACUGGGCCAGCACCGCCGUUUUCCUCUCCACCUCCAACGAGGCGGUCUAUAAGGUGUUUAACGAGACUGCGUGCCAGUUUUCCGGGCAGACCUGCAAACCGGAGACCUUCAACACGAGCAACGUCACCAAGCUGUGCCCCGACGCCCAGUGCCUCUUCGCGUUCUACGGGGGCGAGACGGCGUACCACAAGUACCUCAUCGUCCUCCAGUUCUUCAACGUCUUCAUGUUCUUCUGGCUCGCCAACUUCGUGAUCGCGCUGGGCCAGGUGACGCUGGCGGGGGCCUUCGCGUCAUACUACUGGGCCUUCAAGAAACCCGACGACAUGCCCGCCUUCCCCCUCUUCUCCGCCUUCGGCCGUGCGCUCCGGUACCACACCGGCUCGCUCGCCUUCGGCUCUCUGAUCCUCGCCAUCGUCCAAGUCAUCAGGGUCACUCUGGAGUAUCUGGACCACAGGUUAAAAGCUGCAGAUAAUAAGUUCGCCAAGUUCCUCCUGAGCUGCCUGAAGUGCUGCUUCUGGUGCCUGGAAAAAUUCAUCAAAUUCCUCAACAGAAACGCGUACAUCAUGAUCGCCGUCUACGGCACCAACUUCUGCACCUCCGCCAGGAACGCGUUCUUCCUGCUGAUGAGGAACAUCAUUAGGGUGGCCGUUUUAGAUAAAGUCACGGAUUUCCUUUUCUUCCUCGGAAAACUCCUCAUCGUGGGAAGCGUCGGAAUCCUUGCCUUCUUUUUCUUCACCCAGCGGAUAAAGCUGGUCCAAGACACAGCGCCGCCCCUGAAUUACUACUGGGUCCCUAUUCUGACGGUGAUCGUGGGCUCCUACCUCAUCGCCCACGGGUUCUUCAGCGUGUACGGCAUGUGCGUGGACACCCUCUUCCUCUGCUUCUGUGAAGAUCUGGAGAGGAACGAUGGAUCUCCCGAGCGGCCUUACUACAUGUCCCCCGAGCUGAGUGAGAUCCUGCUGAAGGGGAACCUAGAGCCUUCCAAAAGCGCCGAUAGCCAAGGCUAGGGGCUGGCCCCGGGAGGAAGGCUGCGUGCCCGGGGGGGGUGCGCAGGACGCUCUCGGCCCCCCCAACCCAAGCAGCGUUCUCCUAAGCCCGCGCGUGGCAGCCACCGUGCAAAUCUUUCCCCUGGAUGUCCUUCAGAGCCUUGAGGGGUAGAGGGGGUGCCGAUUCCUCAGUGCCCGGUGCUGUAUCAAAUCUACCUUCCUGCCCAAUAAUGAAUAUUCUUGUAUCGAGAGAACGAACCUAGAGUGUCACCUAGAGCUAAUCUGGGGUCCCACGUGUCCGGUAGCGCCCGGCGAGGAGCGCUCCGCUCCCGGCGAGUGGCUGGGAACCGGCUGGACGCGCACAGGUGCCGCUAUCUAGUUGUGUUUCGCGUUGAAGCGGAGAUGUUUUGUUCCUAACCGCCGGCUGUGAAAAGGAUGGGAGAGCUGCUCUGCUCGCAGGAGGUCUCUCGUGUUGCAGGACGGUGGUUUGUGGGAUGGGCUGAGUGGGUUCGACAGCCUGAAAACUGGUCUCUCCGCGCUUUCCUCUUUGUUCUGCCCCCAGCAAAGAGCGGCGAGCCUCUUUCCUCGCCCACUCUUUCUAUGCAAAACCGGGUUGGCGCACUCAGAAAGAUUUCUUUGUGAGAUUGCAGAUCUUUUGCUUUUAAGUCUGUUCCAUCAGCAGCGCCUUCGUCACAAAGCAGAGCUCGCCCUUUUCGCAGCCAAAAACUUGGGUGUCUUCGUGCCGUCAGUUUAGGGAAGCUGAAAAGAGCCGUUGCUGGUUGCAAGCCGUUAAAACGCAGAGGGCUUUUACUCGCAGCAUCCCUCGUUUAAAAUGGUUUCUCUUGCUGGUUGCACAGAGGUUUUAAUCGCUGCGGGGAGGUGGUGGCUCGUCCUGGGAGCUGCCUGAUGGGCUCUGCUUUUUCCCCCCCCCGAGGUGGUUGAGUUGACGGUUUGGCUCCUGUCCGGGCUCCUACGGGGCGGAGGAGCUGGAGCUGUAACGACUUUCCACGCUAACGCAGACCGUAGGUGGAGACGCUCGCCAAGGGCGUACAGACCCGCAGGCUGGGGUGGUUGUAGGAAGGAAGACAGAGCCUGCGUGGAAAGCGAGUUCCCCAGCCGGCUCCGGCAACUCUGAAUUGCCGAGGGUCCGUCAAGGGAAGGCGAUGUCCGGAGGAGAGGUGUGAGCAUCCCUGAUGGGCUUGGAAGCCUGGACUUCCAUGGGCUUCCAACCCUGGAAGGCUACGGGGAAGGAGUGCGUUGCGCUGGCGGGUGUUACACCGGGGACGUAUUGCGGCAUCUCUACGGCUAGAAAAAUCAGACCAAGUUUGACUGGGAGGCAGCUGGUGAGGCUUACAGCCCCUAGAGAAAUGGCAGCCAGGCGCAGGCUGGAGCCUCACCUUGUUUUCUCCUCUUGACAGUCCAGAAAUGAUUUUAAAAAAAGAAAAGAUUUAAAAAAAAAAGGGAAGAUUUAAAAUGCCAUUCUGGCAGCCCGCAGCCUGGGUAGUUGCGGCCAGAUCUCCUAUUACAAAUCUUCACACAGAGAGAGAGCCCUGCCUUUUGAGUCGCGCCCUCUCAGGACAAAGCCGUAGUGUUAAUGCUCGUAUUUUCAUCACAGGAAUACUGAAGUCCCUCUCAAAAUAUCCCAAGGCGCUUUCACUCGACUCUGAAGCUGGUGCUCUGCGGGUUUGUUUGGUUUGGGUUUUUUGGGUUUUUUUUUUUUUGGUGGCUGCGAUUUUCCUACCACUUCGUGUUGGCGCAGCUGCUUUGCUUUGAACGGCGAGAGGCCGAGCGGCGUGUUCGGUGCUGGGAAUGCACCUAAUGAUUAUGCAUGCAUGGCGUGUUGGCAAGGGCGUCGCGCACCCGGCGAGCAGCGCCAAGCGAAUACCGAGCGAAAUUGCUUUGCGCUCGCAUCAUGAGCCGUUUCGGCUGCACAAAGAGCAGGGAGAGCCGCGCUGCCCGGCUCCUUAGAGGAGGGGAACCGCGCUCCCAGCCGGCAGAGCCUCGAGGUCGCGGAGGAGGCCUCUCUUCCUACAGCACAGUUAAACUUUCCCCCCGCCUCCCUGAAAAA